AUGUACUGGCUAACAGACUACAAACCAGUUUUCACGGCAGCACCAAGUCAGCCAGGGUUUCAGUGGUACGAAAAACAAAAUCCUCCUCUUGAUGCAAAUAAUUUUUUGAAGAUGGGGUCAAAGGUUACAUGUCAGCUAGAAAUGUCAGAUUUUUUAAAUCCAGCAGUGAGUAAUACGAGCAUAGAAAGCUUAAAAUCUGCAACUAAGAGUAAUGCUCAAUCAGUCUUCUGCAGUAAUUUUCAACCCUUUAAGGAGCCUUCAGCAUCAAAUCACGCCUUGAAGUCCAAAAUAACGUCAUCAGAAAGCUCAGAAACUACUGCUACUAAAAUGUUUCAAGCGAAAAUUGCAAGAAAUGGGGAUACAGAAAGCACAAGCAGACAUAAUAGCUUGAAUGCAAAAAAUGAAUCAAGCAUAAAUGAUGAAGAAGUAUUAGUUGUGCAUGAUUCGAGCAUACAGAAUGCGGAGCAAAAAUGUUUUUCACCAGUAACUUCGUCAACUAUGAGUAGCACUACACAGCCUGACAAUGAACUUGUCGAAUUAAAGGCCAAAAUAGACUUUUUAUACUCAAAAAUAAACGAAAUACAACAAAGAAAUGAAAAUGUAAUACAUCGGAGGGAGAUAUCUGAAAAUCAAACAGAUAAUACGAGUCUGAAUGAUAAUUCAUUAAAAAUAAAUAUUCGAGCAGAUUAUGAUAGUACUAAACAUGGCAAUAUCGUCAUUGCUAAUUCUCCACUACCUAAAUCAGUUACAGCAAAUUUAGAGCAAAGUGAAGAAUCGCAGAAGCAACUAUACGAUAGCUCAAUUACUUCAUCUGUUUCUAGUCAAUCAAUAUUAUCUACUGAAACUAAUGGAUCAAAAUUGGGAAGCAACAAAAAAUUAUGGAAUAUUCAAUCGUCAUCAACUGAUAAUAAGUCUGUAAAAUCAACGAAAAAUUUUAAGAACACAAAUUCGAUGAUUGGUGUUGGAGCAGAUGGAGGUAUUAUAAUGAUUAAUGAUUCUUCACAAGAAAUUCUAAAUAAAGAAACAAGGGUAAACGAAUGGAGUACAACAAAUAAAACCAAUAAUAAUUUGAAUACACCUGUGCCAGUGAAGGAUCAAAAUGAGAGUACGUCAGGAUCUAUCACAGAAGAUUUGAAUUUAAAAUUAAACAUAAUUAUAGAUGAAAACCAUAAAAAAGGUUUGAAAUUUUUAACAACUCGUCAGAAAAGAAAUCAUAUCAAAGGUGGUACAAUACAAAACGAAAAACAAUCAAUAAUAGGAAUAAAACGAAUUCAAGAUUUUCGCGAUGCCAUAUAUCCUCAAUCUUUGCCUAUUUGUAAUAAUCGAAAUAUUAUUUACCAAGAUAGACCACAACUUUCUUUUCCAUCAAAUACUCAACAUCCAUUUAUACAACCACCAUAUCCAUUUCAGGGAUAUUUACAACCAAGAUCUGGUUUCAAUAUUCCUAUUCAAUAUGAGCCUAUUUUUUUAUUUCCUAAAAUUCCUGUUUCGAUGGAGCAUUAUCCAUGUUUUGCCAAUUCAUAUCAAGGAUAUGAACAUUUGAAUGGAGUACAAUACUUGCCAGCAAAUUCACCACAUAAAUAUAAUAUUCAUAAACAAUUUGUGCCCUCAGCAACUAAUCUCAUGUCAGCUUUUCGACAUUGUUCAACUUCAUUACCUAAUACUCAAAUACCUGCAAACACUAUUUGUGCUCCUGUAUGCGACCCUGACAUUCAACAAAACUCACAUAAUACUUUGGUUAUUCAGCAUCCUGAAAACAAAUCACAACUGCUAAUUGAAAAACGACGGAAACUACAAGAAAGUGUACAAGCAAUGGCUUCUAAUGAAAAUGCAGAAUAUUUCUCGUCACUUCCUGACAAAAUAAAUAAUGUAGAAGCUGACAAAAGUUUGUUAAACUUACAGCAUUGUUUAUAA